AUGGGGUUAGCUCGACCAUACCCGAACCGAUUCACUCCUACACACGACAUUUUUGACUCCCGACCCUCGCACCCAACCUUGAGUAGUAGUCUGGCAUUCCUUCCUGGGUACCACAUGCAACUGUUGCUGUGUCCCGUUUGUUUAGAACCGACAAAGAGGUUCUUUCUUUUUUUCGUUCUUUCUUUCUUUUUUCUUUCUUUCUUUCUUUCUUUCGUUCUUUCUUUCUUUUUUCUUUCUUUCGUUCUUUUUUCUUUCUUUCUUUCGUUCUUUCUUUCUUUUUUCUUUCUUUCUUUCGUUCUUUCUUUCUUUUUUCUUUCUUUCUUUCGUUCUUUCUUUUUCUUUCUUUCUUUCUUUAAGAUCCUUUUUCGCUCUUUCUUUCUUUCUUUCUUUCUUUCUUUCUUUCUUUCUAACAAUAUUUCUUUCUUUCUUUUAUCUAGUCGUUCUUUCUUUCUUUCUUUCUUUCUUUCUUUCUUUCUUUCUUUCUUUCUUUCUUUCUUUCUUUCUUUCUUUCUUUCAGCGCUUCAUUUCUUACGUCCUGUUCAUUUUCCUCUGCCUCUCUUUCUUUCUUUCUUUCUUUUUCUUCAUUUUCUUUCUUUGUUCUUUUCUUCUUUUCUUUUUUUCUUUGUUUCAUUAUUUCUUUCUUUUCUUCUUCCAUCUUUCUUUUUUCUUUCUUUUCUUUUCAAACAAUGUUUCUACACUCUUUUUUUUUCUUUCUUUUUUCUUUCCUACUGUCCACUCCGCCUUAUUUCAUUUCUUUCUUUCUUUCUUUCUUUCUUUCUUUCUUUCUUUCUUUCUUUCUUUCUUUCUAAUAGCCCCUAUUUCUUUCUUUUGUUUUUUCUUUCUUUUUCAUUUUCUUUCUUUUGUUUUCUUUCUCUCCCUUUGUUUGUUUGUUUCUUUCUUCCGAAUAGCGCCUCUUUCUUUCUUUUUUCUUUCUUUCUUUUUGUUUUUCUUUCUUUUUUGUAUUUCUUUCUUUUUUUUUCGUUUGUUUUCUUUCUCUCUUUAGUUUUUCCCUCUUUCUUUUUUUCUUUGUUUGUUUCUCUCCUUCUUCUUACUUUCCACCACGCGUUACUUCAUUUCUUUCUUUCUUUCUUUCUUUCUUUUUUCUUUCUUUCUUUCUUUCUUUCUUUCUUUCUUUCUUUCUUUCUUGCAUAA